AUGUCCUUUUCACAGCUACCAAGCAUUGACUCCAGGAGCCUGCCUUUUAGAACUCGCAGGCUCCUUGCCGGAGAGUCGCGGCCGGAUGGUGUCGAGCAUGGCGACGAUCAGCUGGAGAGCUUCAUCCGGGUGGUGAGAUCCUGCACCAGUUCCAAGAACCUGGAUGAGGGCCGACGGAUCCAUCUGAGGAUAGCGAGGAGCGAGCACAGGAGUAACAGGUACCUUGCGAAUUUGCUGAUCGAGAUGUAUGGCAAGUGUGGCCGCAUUGCCGACGCUGCCAAGGUCUUUGAUCGGAUCCAGGAGCCCAAUGUCUUCUCGUGGAACAUCAUGUUUGGAGCGUAUGCCCAAAAUGGGCAUAUCGAGGAGAUGAAAGAGCUGUUUGAUCGGAUGCCCGAGAGGGAUGAGGUUGCCUGGAACGCCAUCGUCUCGGCCUACGCUCAAAACGACGACCUGGAGAAGGCAAAGGAGAUGUAUGAGAUGAUGCCAAGAGCAACGGUAGUGGCGACAAAUACCUUGAUCGUGGCCAAUGCAAGGAAUGGCGAUCUCGCGGAGGCCGAUCGACUCUUCCAGGGACUGGGCCGGAAGAAGAACAUCGUUUCUUGGACUGCGAUGAUCACGGCCUAUGCUCAGGCAGGCCUGGCACUCAAGGCCAAGGCGAUUUUUGACUCGAUGGAUGCCCGAUGCAAGGAUUCCCUGGCCUGGAACGCGAUGAUCCAGGCGUACUCCCAGACCGGCCAUUUCCAAGAAGCGAUGGAGCUGCUGGAGAGAAUGCCGCACAAGGAUGCCGCUUCUAGCACGAUCCUCAUCGCGGCACUCGCGCAGCAGGGAUUCUUGAAAGAGGCCAUGGAUCUGUUCGAAAGAAUGCCGGAUCCCAAGAAUAUGGUUGCCGCCACGGCCUUGCUCCGCGCAUCUGACCUGGGGCAAGCGGAGCUGAUCUACCACAGCAUGCCGGAGCGCGAUCUCGUUGCCGAGAACGCGAUGCUCCAAUCUUACUGCGAGAAUGGGUGCCUGGAGGAUGCCAAGAACUUCUUCCACCAAAUGCCGGAGCGAAAUAUCUUCUCCUGGAGCUCCAUCGUCUCUGCGCUCGCCCUAAACGGCCAUCUCCAAGAAUCCACUCGCUUGCUAAAGAAAAUGCCCGAGAUGAGCCUCGUGGCGUGUACGGCGUUGAUCACUGCGUACGGCCAGUCCGGUGACGUGGACGCCGCGUGGCGGAUAUUCGACGAGAUGCCCUGCCACAGCUUGGUGUCGUGGACGGCCCUGAUCGCAGCCUGCGGAAGAAACGGUCAUCUGGAGGAAUCAAAGCGAAUCUUCGACGCAAUGCCGUACCGCAACCUAGUGACGUGGAACGCCGUCAUGGCAGCAUACGGACAGAAUAUGCUUAUAGACGCCGCGAAAGCCGCUUUCGAUGCGAUGCCGGAGUGGAACAUUCCGUCGUGCGUCACGCUGCUGGCGGCAUAUUCUGACAGGGGGAAUCUGGAAGAUGCUACGCGGAUAUUCGCCUCCAUGCCCGAGGUGAACGCCAUGGCGUCCACCGCGAUGCUCUCCGCGCUCGCGGCAAAUGGCCGGCUGGACGAGGCGAAGGAUAUCUUCGAGAGCAUUCCAAUCCGGGGACUCGCGACCUGGAACGCGAUGAUCACUGGAUUCGUCCAGGCCGGGGAUCUCGCCAGUGCGCGAUCUCUGUUCGAUCGAAUGCCCGAGAGGGAUCUCAUAUCCUGGAGCGUUAUGAUCGCAGGCUACACCGAGAGUGGGGGUACACACGCGGAAGCCGUGAGCCUGUUCGAUUCGAUGCCCGUCCGCGACACAAUCUCUGGAAACGCGCUCAUCGCCGGCUACGCUUCGCAAGGGGAUUUGGAGUCCGCCACCGCGAUCUUCAACCGGAUGCCGCAGCACAGCGCGAUCUCCUGGGCAACGCUGAUCAAAUCUUAUGCCCAGGCCUGGCAUCUGGAUCUCGCCGACGCAAUGCUGCGCGAAAUCCCCUACCCUAAUCUCUUCGUCUGGAACGCAGUGAUCGUGACAUAUGCCCAAUGUAUGAAGCUCAACAGGGUAAAGCAGGUGUUCGAUUCCAUGGACGAGCGCAAUGCAGUGACGUGGAAUACCACGCUAGCAGCACAUGCCCACAAUGGGCAUAUUCUCCAAGCCGAGGCUCUCUUUAAAACCAUGCCAGAGCCAACGUCGGUAUCUUACAACGCAAUGCUUAGCGGCUACUCGCAGUUUGGAGAAUGGAGAGACGUAGCAUUGACGCUGGAAGCUAUGAGCUUAAGUGGUUUCCAACCAGACGAGGUAGCUCUCACGAGUGUUCUUUCAUCUUGCAGCCAUGAAGGCUCGAUCGAAAAGAGCCGCAAGUAUUUCUCGUCCGUGGUGGCGGACUAUGGCCUAGAUUAUCUCCCUGAGCAUUUCUUCGCGAUGGUGGAUGUCUUUGAGCGUGCUAGUCAGGCUAGGAUGGCUCGAGAGCUUAGCAGCUGCCUGACUCACAAGGAACCUGUGAGAAACAUUUCCUGGAGCAUGCUAAACUUGUGA